AUGCACCCCUGCCCGGCCGCUGCCGCUGCUGGUGGUGCUGUGUCCCUGGACGCCGAGGCCGCCUGGCCACCCGCGCCGUCCACACCGCCGGCUCGCACCUGCCGCCCGCUGCCCUGGGCACUGGGCACCGCUCUGCUGCUGCUCGCCGCCACCUGUGCCGCCUGCGUCGCCCGCACCUGGGCCUCGCAGGGCCCCGCAGCUGGCCCCGAACCCGCGACCGAUGCCCGCGCCGGCCUCCUCCCCGAUGCCCCGGCGCAAUCGGGUCUGUUCGCGCAGCUGGUGGCCCAAAGCGUGUUGCUGACCAACGGGACGAUGCGCUGGCACAGCGAGCCGAGCCUGGCCGGCGUGGCCCUGUCCCGGGGCCUGAGCUACGAUGAGGACGCGCGGGAGGUGGUGGUGGCCGAGGCCGGUGUGUUCUAUGUGUUCCUGCACCUGGAGCUGCAGCGCGUGGUGGCUCGCCAAGGCUCGGGCGUCGUGGCGCUCUCGCUGCACCUGCAGCCGCCGCUCUUCAGCGAAGCCGCCACCUCCUCCUCCGCGCUGGCCACCGAGGUGCACCUGCCCCCGGCUGAGGCGGCUUGCGGGGAGAAAGGCCCCGAUUCAGCCGUGGGUUUCCAGGGCCGUUUGCUGCCUCUGGGCGCCGGCCAGCGCCUCAGCGUCCACCUGCGCGCCACGGCCGAGGCGCACCCCGCCUGGCAGCUGGCCCAGGGCGCCACACUCUUGGGUCUCUUCCGAGUGACCCCUGAGGUUUCAGGAGGACUAGCUUCGCUCUAGCCCACGGACGGACGACCUGGACUGGGCCACGGCCCCUCCCUUCCUGGGUCCUGGCCCUGGUGCUGGGCCCGGCUGCUCUACCUCAUGGGGCUGGGGACAGGGGUCUCCGCUGCUGGCUUCUCCUCAUCCUCCAAGAACCCCCAGCCACUCCUGUCCCCCAGUCGGACUAUUGGUUAUUUAUGCUGAGCCUGAAGCUCACACCGUCUACUUUAUAUAAUAUUCACUCAUCGUACUAUGUUUCUAUUUAUUGAGCGUGUGCUGUGUGUGCCAAGAGUC